AUGGGUAGCUCAGAAACAGGAGGAUUAGUGGCGGAAUGUAGUGUGGGAAGUAUAGUUUGGGUUCGUAGACGAAAUGGAUCUUGGUGGCCAGGAAAGAUACUUGGAGCAGAAGAGCUUUCAUCUUCUCUCAUAACAUCUCCUCGGGCAGGAACUCCUGUCAAGCUUCUUGGAAGGGAAGAUGCAAGUGUGGACUGGUACAACUUGGAGAAGUCAAAACGUGUAAAGGCGUUCAGGUGUGGCGAGUUUGAUGACUGCAUAGAAAGGGCUGAAGCUGCUCAGGGCAUGCCUCCAAAGAAAAGAGAGAAAUAUGCACGCCGCGAAGAUGCUAUAAUGCAUGCACUUGAACUUGAGAGGCAAAUAUUGGAGAAAAAAUGUGGGAAAUUGGAAAUUUCUUCUAAUGGUAGAAGCAGAAGUUCACCAGAUGCUGUUACUUCUUCGCUUUACAUGGGUAAUGGAAGUGGAAGUCAACAUGAUUCAAGAUUGGAUCAGCUACCUCAGAAGGCAGGCUCAUCUCUUGCUGAAAAAAAUGUAACAAAUCAGAAUAUUUAUGUGGAGACAGUUACGGAGGGAAAUCAACUCAGUGGAGAUGAGGAUAGUGCUGUUGGUCUACCUCGGAUGAGAGGCUUGCAGGACUUUGGACUUCGUACUGCACCAAGUGAGCUUCAAUCAGAGCUCUCCGGAGUUGCAUUUCGUGCCAAGAGGAGUAGAACUGCUUAUCUGCCUUAUGAUUCUGUGGAUUAUUUAAUUGAUGACCAAAUUCUGUCCUCCCAGAUGGAGAUUCCAGUGUCUAAAAUUGAAGAAAACAGCUACCAAGCUGACAUGGGUGAAAACCAUAUUUUGGGAUCUACAGAAGAUACAGAAACGGAUUGUUCUGAAACUGAUUCAGUGGAGUCAGACUCAGAUGAUGAGAUGAUCUCACUCUCUGAUGGUUCGGCCUCUAUAGAAUUGCGACCUAAAUACCCGAGAAGAAUCGAAGCACCAGAAGAACAUGCGAGCAUCAGCAGCAGUGAGGACUUUGAUGAGCUGGCAUUUGCCGACAGUUUGUCUCAUCCUUACUCACACAGCCAUGUCUCAACCAAUACCGGGGUUUCCCAAUGGCAGCACAAAGGAAAAAGAAAUAACCGCAACUUUGGGAACAGUAACGAAGGAUACAUAAAGAGCUCGAACAGGAGUCGUAAUAAUAUUCCCGAUUUUGCCGAUCGAAGUUUCAAGAGCCGUAAAUCCAGAUAUGGGCUCACGCCAUCACACAGUCCCUACGAGUUUGCAGAUUUCGAGGGGAACUUAGGUUGGUACAGUCGGUCUGCCAUGAGAGGGUAUUUGAAUGACUCGCAUGAUAAUGUUCUUGGUGGUGGGCCCAUGUUGUUAGAUGUGGAUUUGAAGGUUGAGGCAAAUAACUACCGUAGGAAUGUUCCAAUCAUCUCGCUGAUGAGCAAGUUGAACGGGCACGCCAUCGUGGGCCACCCGAUCCAAAUCGAAGCGCUCGAGAGCGGUUCGACUGAAACAUAUGUUUCGUCGAACGACUAUUUUUCCCCUAGCCCGGUCCCACUGACUUCAAUGUGGAGGACGGGUCGUAGGACGGCAAAUACCCGUGUGCCACGCCCGUUUUUACCAUCAUUUUCUGCGCAAAAGGGAUCCAAUCAAAAGACAAGGGCGCUUUCGUCAUUUGCACUGGGGAAAAAUAAGAGUAGCUCGAGAAGCAGUAGAUUGAUUAAGAAUGUGAAUACAUGCAAGACGGUCGCGUGUAUACCCGUUAAUUUGGUGUUUAGUCGUUUACAUGAGGACUUGGUCGACCGUCAUCAGUAA